AUGGAUGGCCUUGAAUGUGAGGAGGAGAACUUUGAACUGGAUGCGGAAGUGGACCAGGAGCCAAUGGAGCUGGCGGAGAACUGCAAUGAUGUGUUGCAGUUUAUGGAGGGUCUCUUGACAAAGGCCAAAGAGGAGGGAGUUGCAGUAAUCCAGGCGGGAAGUGACAAGACUAUAAACCAGGAUUUCAGAAGAAUGGGGGGUGAGGGAGGGGCGGAGGCGGUUGAUGGUGCGUAUGUGCUAGCCUCAGCGCCGUCUGGCCAGGGCGUCACCUCUCUGGGCUCGCAGGUUCACGCUGCCGCCGUCAAUGGCGACAGAAACGCCCUACUCAAACUCAUAACAGCCGAGCCAGUCCUACGGGACCGUGAAGACCAGUUUGGUCGUACCCCUCUGAUGUACUGCGUGCUGGCUGAUCGCCUGGACUGUGCGGAGAUUCUCCUGAAGGCCGGAGCCUCAGUCAACAAGACCGACCACAGCCAGCGCACGGCUCUGCACCUCGCCGCACAGAAGGGAAAUGUUCGUUUUCUGAAGUUGCUGUUGUCACGACACGCCAACUGGCUGCAGAAGGAUUUGGAAGAGAUGACUCCACUGCAUCUUGCCACACGACACCCUUCUCCCAAAGCCCUCGCGUUACUGCUCAAACACAUCGGACCUGGAGAGGUUGACACCCAGGACAAGAACAAGCAAACCGCCUUGCACUGGUCAGCAUUUUAUAACAGGCCGGAGCACGUUCGCCUCCUUAUCAAGCACGACUCAAACAUCGGCAUCCCCGACAGCGAAGGCAAGAUCCCCCUGCACUGGGCCGCACACAGCCAGGAGGCCAGCGCAACGCAGACUGUCCGCUGCAUACUGGAAGCUGCUCCCACUGAGUCCCUGCUGAACUGGCAGGACUAUGAAGGACGAACACCGUUGCACUUCGCUGUAGCUGAUGGUAACGAGGCAGUGGUGGAGGUGCUGACAUCUUACGAGGGCUGCCACGUGACCGCUUACGACAACCUCUUCAGGACACCAUUGCACUGGGCCGCCCUGCUCGGCCACGCUAGUAUUGUCCACCUGCUGCUGGAGAGAAACACAUCAGGCACCAUUCCAUCAGACAGCCAGGGAGCGACACCUCUUCAUUACGGAGCUCAGAGUAACAAUGCUGAAACAGUAGGUGUGUUUCUUUCCCACCCGUCGGUAAAGGAUGAACCCGACUUGGAAGGCAGGACAGCGUUCAUGUGGGCAGCCGGGAAGGGCGGCGAUGAUGUCAUCCGCACCAUGUUGGCCCUCACGCCACAUAUCGACAUCAAUAUGGCCGACAAGUACGGUGGCACUGCGCUGCAUGCAGCCGCUUUGUCGGGCCACGUAAACACCGUCCAAUUGCUAUUAGAUAGAGGAGCCAUGGUGGACUCCCUGGAUGUGAUGAAACACACGCCGCUGUUUCGUGCCUGUGAGAUGGGUCACAGAGAUGUCAUUCUCACGCUCAUCAAAGGCUCCGCACGUGUCGACCUGGUGGAUGUGGAUGGUCACACGGCUCUGCACUGGGCAGCUCUGGGAGGGAAUGCUGAGGUCUGUCAGAUCUUAAUGGAGAACGGGAUUAGCCCCAAUGUACAGGACCAAGCAGGCCGGACUCCACUGCAGUGUGCUGCUUAUGGUGGCUAUAUCACCUGCAUGGCAGUACUCAUGGAAAAACAUGCUGAUCCAAACAUCCAGGACAAGGAGGGGCGGACCGCUCUCCACUGGUCUUGCAACAAUGGCUAUCUGGAUGCCGUUAAGUUGCUGCUGGGCUACAGCGCCUUUCCUAACCACAUGGAGCACACAGAAGAGAGGUACACGCCGCUGGACUACGCACUGUUGGGGGGCCACAGCGAGGUGACCCAGUUCAUGCUAGAGCACGGAGCUCUGUCCAUCGCCGCCAUCCAGGAUAUCGCCGCCGCCUCCAUCCAGGCCAUCUACAAGGGCUACACGGUGCGCAAGGCCUUCAGGGAGAGGAAGCAGCUCCUCAUGAGGCACGAGCAGCUACGCAAGGACGCCGCCAAGAAACGAGAGGAAGAACUGCGGCGCAGAGAAGCAGUGCAACAAAUAUCUACUCUUACGGUGGAUGAACGAAAAUCGUCUUUGGAGACAGCCGAACAGGAGAAGCUCUCCUUGGUAAACCUGGUAGGAGAUUUGUCAGUGAAGGAUUCUGUGGUAGGGACAAAGAAGACAUCUAAACACGAACGGCGGAGCAAAGAGGAGGCACAUAAAGCCCAUAGGAGUAGGUCCACAAGGAGCAAAGCUGCUGAGCCAGCUGACUCUCCGAGCCCCAACAGUCAAGUAUCACGCGACACGACGACGAACAGGCCGAAGGAGCCGCCGUCUCCUAGCGGCCGAGCGUCACCCAGACCUUCCUCCACACGCAAAAUCAGGGAGCAAAGAUCUCCCUUGUUCACAAUCGCCCCUUCCACGGACGUCUCUCCCACCGCCCCGCUGAGAAAGAGUGAUUCCCCGAAGCGCAGACACCACAAGGUCAAAGAUCACUCUGGAGUUAGCGGCUCAUCUUUGACCGCGAAAAGCCCUUCGAGAAAACAUCACACCGCCGGCAACGCGACACGGGCACACGAAGGAGAGCAGCAAAGGAGGAGGCACGAGGCGGCCGGGGUCAUUCAGCGGGCCUGGCGGAGGCUUCUCGCACGCAAACACAUUGAAGGCAAGCCCGGAAUGGAGUUAACUGAUUUCAACCACGUUCACAUAAGAAAAAGGCGGACAGAGGUGCGAGCUCCUCCUAAAAAACCUGCAGCCAGUAAGAUGUCGGUGCUACAAAACAUUUACGGAAACUCGAUGGCUGUUCGGGGACAUUCUUCUUUUCGAGGGUCUCAACUGCUAUUGAACAUGCCUUUACGGACCCAGAGCCAGCUGAGCGGCUUGGACUGCGUGCACCUGACGGACGCCAUGAAUCAAGCCAGGCAGUUCUCCUACCACCUGAGGCCGCAAAGCGCCGGGCAGGGUCGGGGCCAUCGGGGAAAGCGUUGA